AUUAUUGUUCAAAGUUCAUUCUUGCACUCAAUUUGACGGGCUAAAAGCGUCAAUAAGUCAUACAAUUCUUUGAAAUGAGUUGGAUGUUCCACUGCCCUUUAAUAAUAGUGGCAUGUUUGCGGUUUACAAGUGCUGAUACUCCUGCUAACUGUACUUAUGAAGAUGCACAUGGUCGAUGGAUGUUUCAUAUCGGUGAUUAUAAAUCUAAAUGUCCUGAGAACUUGAAUUCGAAACAGUCUGUCGUUAUCAGUCUCUUAUACCCGGAUAUUGCUAUUGAUGCAUCUGGAAACCGAGGACAUUGGACUCUAAUCUAUAAUCAAGGGUUUGAAGUAACAAUAAAUCAUCGCAAAUGGCUAGUUAUAUUCGCUUACAAACCAACUGGAGAAUUUAAUUGCCAUAAAUCUAUGCCAAUGUGGACACAUGAUACUUUAAUUCGACAGUGGAAGUGUUUUGUAGCCGAAAAGAUUGGAGCGAAUGAUAAGUUUCAGACUAAUAAAUUAUUUGGUUCGAAAAGUUUUGGUCGAAAUCUCUACCACAUUAACCCCUCUUUUGUCGACAAAAUAAAUAAACAUCAAAAAUCUUGGCGAGCAGAAAUUUAUCCAGAAUUAUCAAAGUAUACAAUAGAUGAACUUAGAAAUCGAGCUGGUGGUGUAAAGUCUAUGGUUACUAGACCUUCAGUGCUAAAUAGGAAAACUCCAUCAAAAGAACUAAUUUCAUUAACUAAAAAUCUUCCUUUGGAAUUUGACUGGACCAGUCCACCAGACGGUUCUAGAAGUCCUGUUACACCGAUUCGUAACCAAGGUGUAUGUGGAAGUUGUUAUGCGUUCGCCUCUGCUGCUGCACUCGAAGCUCGUAUUCGUUUGGUUAGUAAUUUUUCGGAGCAACCUAUCUUGUCUCCUCAAGCUGUGGUUGAUUGUAGCCCCUACUCUGAAGGAUGUAAUGGAGGUUUUCCUUUCUUAAUUGCUGGAAAAUAUGGAGAAGAUUUUGGUUUUGUCUCAGAACGUUGUGAUCCAUAUACUGGUAAAGAUACUAAAAAGUGUAAUGUAUCAAAAAACUGCACACGUUACUAUACGACAGAUUAUAGUUAUAUCGGUGGUUAUUAUGGCGCUACUAAUGAAAAAUUGAUGCAGUUAGAACUUGUUUCUAAUGGUCCAUUCCCUAUCGGUUUUGAAGUAUAUGAUGAUUUUCAAUUUUAUAGAGAAGGCAUCUACCACCAUACAACAGUUCAAAACGACCAGUACAAUUUCAAUCCAUUCGAAUUGACUAAUCAUGCUGUUUUAUUGGUUGGUUAUGGUGUGGAUAAGUUAUCCGGUGAACCAUAUUGGAAAGUAAAAAAUAGUUGGGGUGCUGAAUGGGGUGAACAAGGUUACUUUCGAAUACGUCGUGGUACAGAUGAAUGUGGUGUAGAAAGUUUAGGCGUACGUUUUGAUCCGGUGUUAUAAAAUCCUUUCUACACUGAGAUGGAUGUUUGUUUCAACAUAGUUUUAUUUAAUUUUUAUAUGAUUAAAGCGUUCAAAAAUGGAACAGUUGAUAUCUGUCUCUUAUCAUAUGAACUAUUUUGAUUACGUAUUUUUCUUUAUGAUCAUUUGUUUAUAAUUACUAGACUUCUACUCAUCCAUUAGAAAUACAUACAUACAUGACAAAUCAUUAAAUAAACUUUAUUACUGCUGAAAUCUUUGAUAUUGUAAUACACAAAUUUAUUAUUUACUACCAUAUCUUUCUUUUGAUGUGUGCCUGAUCUUACGUUUCAGCUAACUGAUUGAUAUAAGUUCUAAAUGCAAAAAUAGCAUGACCACCCAUUGUUGGAUGAUUUUUUCGAUGUGGAAAUCAGCUUUGACAAACGUUUCAUGAAAGAAAGUUCUCAAAACUAGUACAUAAAUAUAAAACACUUCAUACAGAUAUCAUUUAUUUUUUAUUAAAACCCAUGAGUUCAUGGUAGAAAGUUGUAAUUUCAUCAGCUAACGCCAAAUAUUUACUAAAAUAGCUACUUACGUCUGUUACCCCUCGUGGAGGAGGAGCAUAGACUGCUGUACACCAACAUUCUCCAUCGAACUCUGUCCUGGGCUAUACUUUCCAGUUGCUAUGCAUCCUUUUCACAUCUGCUCCAAUUCUCGAAACAGUGUAUUCUUUGGCCUCCCUCUUUUCCGUUUCCGACAGGCAGAAAUGCGUGGAAGAGCUAGCAACGACAGUAGAAAAAAAUUCAGGAGAAGGGAAUAUGAGACAACUGUAUGACACAACGAAGAAGCUAGCAGGAAAGUAUAGUAAACCAGAGAGAUCAUUCCAGGACAAAGAAGGUAAGACAGUCACUGAGAUUUAAGAACUGACCAGCUCUACUGAAUCCAUCAGACAUCGAAGUAGCACCUAUAAACCUUCCUAUGGAUGUCACUGCACCAACGAUCGAAGAAAUCAGGAUGGCAGGCCAUCAGACAAAUCAAGAGUGGGAAAGCAUUACACUACAAUCGGUACCGGGAAAAGUUUCUAGCAGUGUUGCUGAGUGGGUCUAAAAAUUCAAUGGACGUUCAGCUUUGGGACCAACAGACCGAAUUCUGUAAGGAUCGGUUGUGCACAGAUAAACUCGCGAUAUUACGGAUCAUCGUUGAACAAUCAAUUGAAUGGAACUCAUCACUACAAGAAGAAUCCGACGAAGAUGAUCAGAACUAUGUGAUAUAUUUGCGCAAUACAUUUCGAACAAUCUGAUCACACAUAUACUUGUUAAGAGCAUUUAUACAUAAAAAUAAAAGGUCAACUAGACUGGAAAUGGGGUAAGAGGAGAUAAGAUAAUAAUAAUAAGAGUAAUAAUAAUAAUGUGAACGCAGUUCAAAACCUAAUUACUCUGGAUACUAAAUCAAUCAAGACUAUGGAUACAACAACUAGCACGAAACUAGUUAACAUCAGUCAUCCAACUGACCUGUCUUAAAAAAUGGCCAUGGAUCCAUGGUCAUCCAAGGAUGACUACUUAUAUUGCAAAGUAGGAACAAUUCAUAUACAGUUUUAAAUAUACUUCACAUUUAUAUCUACAGAGCAUAUCUUGUUUAGUUUUGACAUUUAUUAACCUUUAAAUGGGUCAGAUUUACUUUAUCCAAAAGCGUUAAACAGAAACGACCUAAGACCUUGCACAAAUGUGAUUUGGUAAAUUUUGACAUAAUAAAUCAACACGAUGAAAUUAGAGAAGCCAAAUGAAUAAGUCAAAGUAAUUCUUAUCAUGAUAAUCAGAAGGAUUAAGUGCAGUCAAUACUAGUUGGAAAAAGGAAUGAAUCGAUGCAAUAAAAUGUACAAAGAGGAGUUUAACUGAAGGUUAAGAGUAGGUGUAAUGGUGCGACUAAUUAUUAGCCGAAUCACCUGAGUUCUUCAAUCAGAAGUUAUUAUUAUUAUUAUCGCCCGG